AUGCUCUUCAGCUCCGACGACGACUCGUGGAGCUUAAACACGGGUCACGCACUAGGCUCAGAUCGCACGGGCUACAAGGAUAUCCUCGAGAUAGAGAACGAAAACAUUGCCCAACUCCUGAAUGCAUGCCUAGACGACCUCGAUGCACCCACACCCUGGCUUCGUACACCUAUCGCGGCAAUCCCGAAGAAAGGGAAGCCUCUCGACGAUCCCGAUAGCUAUCAAACGAUAGGAAAGGAAUGCCAUUUCCUCAAGCUAAAGACGGUACUCUUCCACAAGCGAGUGUACGAUGCGGCCGAACGGCCUGGGAUCUUUCCACGCUCGCAAAAUGGGUUCCGCUCGGGUUACAACUUACCACACAAACAACAACUCAUUCAUCUUGCGUGCAAUGAUUGA